AUGAAGAAUAAUUAUUUGAAAGAGUCUAAACUGCAAGAAUAGAAGCUGAGACUUUGGAUGAAUUUGCAGCCUUCAUUUGUUGACACUUUUUUCUAUGAUGAUAAUCAAAUUUUUGAAUAAAACAUUUGUUUCUUGGUUUAAGCUUUCCUAGAGAGCGCUCCUUAGCUAAUAAUCUAGCUGAUAAAUAAUAAUAUGAAUGAUGAGUGGGAUUGGUUUAAUAUAAUAAGCAUAUUACUUAGUUCUAUUUCAAUUGUGAGGACCAUAGGAAUUAUAUAUGUCAUAAUUGAUAGAUUUUUUAGGUAGAUCACUUAUCUUUCAUAAUAUUACGAUAAGGAUAAAAAGUUUGCUAUUAACAAAUAGCUAGUAGUUGAUACCCUUUAGUUAUCUAAAAAUUUGUAAAAGGUUAGAAAUCUUCAUAUAGUAGAAGAUUUGUUUAUUUAUUUUUAAAAGCAUGAGUACCCCUUAGCAAAAGAUGUUAUUUAAAUAGGACUGAGCUUCUUAUAGAUGCACAAACUAAGAAGACUUACUUUAGAUUUUAGAUUUAUUUUAGAUAAAAAAUGCAUCAACUCAUUUAAAUAAUUACAAAAAGUAAUUCCAUAGCUUAAGAAUUUAGAAGUACUAUACAUUAAAUGUGACUUCGAAUAUGAUAUUGAGUACAUUGAUGGAAGAAAUUAUCGAGAGAUAGAGAAAAAAAAGAGAAAACUCAGUAUUAGUCGUAAAAUUGAAAGAGAAGACUUAAAUAGAGAAAAAGAAUUUGAUGAAUAAAAAUUAGAAAUCAGGAUUCCAUCGAUAGCUUCUCAUUCAAAAAUUUAAGAUGGAGUAGAUUUGCUUUUUUCUAUUAAUUAAUAAGAAUACAUUUAAAAUCAAAAAGAUUAAGCGGUAGUUAGCCUUUAGGAAGCUUCUAACAACAUAGUAGCUCCUCUUAUUUAGGUUAGAAAAAACUCAAUGCCAUCAUCUCUUGGCCCUAACUUGAACAUUCCAUAAAGAAAAUCUGUUUAUGGAUAAGAUUUGUUGAAGACUACUUAGUUUAUUUAAGCAUCUUAAAACAGCUUAAAUGUAAAAGGCGAUGGAGAUAUACAUCACACCCUAAGAAAUGAAGAAAGCUUGUGGUUUCAAAGCAGUAGGAGAAAUGACACCUAGAGUCCAUUUGUUGGAGCUAGUCCUAAUAAUUAAAAUGGUAGUCCUCAUUCGAUUUGGAAAAUGUAAGAAAAUCUUAGUGGAAUAGAGGAAAUUUAAUUUGAAGAUGAUGAUUUUGAAGACGAUAAACGCUAUGACUUUGAAAUCGAUAUUAAGUCAGGAAUGUACAUAAAAUAUAAACUGCAAAAGUGCAACUUCAAGCCUCUCUUAGUAUGCUCAGAGAUUAUUCACAAAAGUGAUAUCUACUUGAAUUUAUUCGUAAAAAAGGGUAAAAUUAACAUGGAAUUAAAGCUAACUCAGCAUCAAAAUGAAGAGGAGAAAAAAUAAAAAUAUGAUAUUGAAAUCGAUGAAUCUAUUGAGUUUGAUCAAAUUAAUUUUGUCAAUAUAAUCUCAUCAGACAUAAAACAAUCAAUAUAAUAAUGUCCAGUUAACUAGAGAAAAACACUUUUUAUGCAGAUUAUAUAUAACAAGAAUAUAUUAACAUCUAAUAUGAAAGAAGCUAUAGCUAAAUCAAUACCAUUUCCUCUAAACAGUGAUUUGUAUGUAUUUUAAUAUGAAAAGCUUAAGCCAAUUAAUAAGCAUACCAUCUAAUUCAAAGAUGCAAUUGAUCGUAAUGAAAAACUUUUAAGAUUUAUCAUUAUUCCUAGAGGCAAAGACUAAAAGUAAAAGCAAAGAGUUUAUAUUUGGAAUAAAGUUAAAAGCGGAGAAAUAGAUUUUAUCAAGGGAGUAGGCUAGGCAGGCCAAUCUUACAAGCAAAAAUUAUUCACUUUUGAAGAGGAUUUAGCUAACCACACCAUCCAAGUUGACAAACAUUCCCUGAAACUUUUAUCUCUAAAGUCAUUCAUACAAAAAAGUAAGCUAAAACUAGUAGCACUUACAUGGAGUGGUAAAAUGGAAAACGUAGACUAGAUUAAGUUAUUGAUUAAGCAUUUUAAGUCCCUUCCAUAGAGCACAUCAAUUAAAAUAAUAGCUGAUCAAUAGGAAUUUAACUACUUAUCUUUCUCUACCAUAUCUUAAUCUUUGUUGGACUUUUAAUCCCUCAACAUCUAUUUUAAAGAUUAGCAUCUAAUAAGCGAAAAAGAAGGAUACAUUUUUAGAGAUUUGUCUAAUUCCUAAAUACAGAUCGAUGAAGAAAAAAUAGACCUAGCUUAGCUAGUACAAAACAAAGAAAAAUAUUCUAACUCAUAUUUCCUCUAAGUUUUAUCAAAUGGCUUAUAAAUUUCAAAGAAUCAUAUUAUAAUACUUUGCAAAGAACUUCAAAACAUCUAACAAAUCCAGCAUCUUAAUUUGCAGGUAUAAAACAACUGUAUUUAAGCUGAUGGAAGCAAUAUUUUAUUUACUCAUAUGAAGUAAUAUACAUAACUAGUUCACUUGGAGUUGGAUAUAGGAAACAAUUAAAUUUGCGAUGAAGGUGUAGAAUACUGCUCUGGUUUUAUAAAUGAUUCUUAAAAAUUAAAAGUUUUAGUCCUUAAUCUUAAAAUGAAUAAUAUGACUGGCAAAGGUUUGAAUUGCUUAGCUUAAGCUCUUUAAAAUAAGAACAAGCUUCUUGAAUUGAAGAUUGAUCUUUAAUAAAACAUUAUUGAUUCAAAACAGAUACAAAUCUUGGCUGACUGUUUGAAGAACAAGAAAAAAUUAAAUAGUUUAGAAAUUAAUCUCAAUAAAAAUAAUAUAUAAACUCAAGGAUGUGUACAAAUAUUUUAAAGUAUAUCAAACUUGAAGAAUAUUUCAAUUCUUAACCUCUAUUUUGAGUCGAAUUGCAUUUAGAGCCAAGCUUUGAAUGAAUUGUCUUAAAUGCUACUGAAUAUAAACUAAGAUCUGCACACAUUUUCUUUAAACUUAGGGAGAAAUAAAUUAAAUGAUUCAAAUGCUUUUAAUUAAUUAUUUAGUUCAAUUUAGAAUUUUGUUUAUAUUAAAGAGUUAAACUUGUAGUUAAAUAAUUGUUGGUUUCCUCAAAGUUCUUUGAAUAAUCUCUGCUCAUGUUUAGAGAAAAUUAGAAAGGUGUAAGUACUGAGACUAAACUUAAGCAAAAACUAUAUUAAUGAUGAUGGAAUAAAUAUUAUCUCAUUAGUAUUUUAAAAAGUAAGUCUUCUAAAAGAGCUUGAAUUAGACCUAUCUGAUAACGUAAUUACAAACUCUGCCCUUGAGAUAGUUAAAUCUAUUUUUACUUAUCUGAAUGUAGCUGAGAUUUUAAACAUUAAUCUUAAAGAAGCAUUUGUUUCAAAAUAACUGAAAAAUCCUGUUGGUCUUUUCACACCCUCUCAAACAAGUAUUAAAUCUAUAGCUUUAAACUUAGGAAAUUCCAUCCAACAUGAAAUCAAUUAAAAUGUGUAUUUGGUUGGUUACUUAACUCUCCUUUAAAACGUUCAGCAGGUUGAAUUAAAUCUAGAAAAUUGUAUCGAAACGGAUAAUGUGCUUAAAAAGACUUUUAAGUAGGUUUUUGAAAAUCAGAAUUUUACAAAGAUUCAUUUGAAUUUGAAGGGAACUAGGGUGAAAAACAAUCUAAUGAUUGACCUAAAAAAUAAUUUAAAAUAGUAAAAAAAUUUGGAGAAUCUCAACUUAAAUAUUUCUAACAAUAAUUUGAAUGUAGAGAAUUUAAAUGAAUUUUUCGAUAAAAUAAAAUGUAACGCUAACCUUAAAUUUCUUUAAUUGAGUAUUGAGGAUAAUACGUAUGAUCCGAUUGUGUUUUGUAAUACUUUUGGAAAUUAAAUAAUUGCGUUAGAAAAAUUGGAAUCUAUUGAUAUCCAGCUUGGAUAAUAAGCAAUUGAUAUGUAAGAAGCAGAUUACCUUUCUAGUUGCUACCCAGAAUAACUAAGAAGCUUAAAGGCUUAAAUUUAAUUCAACUCAACAGAAAGCCUUAAGAGCUACUUCACUGGUAUUUCCAAAUAUAAAUAGUUAGAGUAUCUUGACCUCUCAUUCUAUGAUAAACUAUAGAAGUAUUAAGAUAUAGCAGAUGCAAUUAAUAGCUUUGCUGAGAUUAUUAUUGAUUUCAAGAAAUUAAAAGUGCUGAAAAUAGAUUUCAGCGGGUGCGAUUUUAGCAUACAAAACAUGAGCAUUUUGAUGAAAGGACUUCAAAAAUUAGACUAUAUAGAAGAGUUGAAUGUUAAACUAGAACAGUCAUUAGUUAGUGAUGACUGUAUUUUAACUAUGAUAGAAUAUUUACAAAACUUUAAUAAACUUAACAAUUUUGUCAUAAAUUUAAAAAAAAAUGACAUCAGUCCAAAAGGAGUGCUUGAAAUCUUAAAUUGGGCAUUAAGUACUAUUUCUCUUUAUACACUUUAAAUAAAUCUAAAUCAAGAAAUAUAAGGCAAGUUAAUGAAAAACGCAUAAAUCCAGUCAGCAGUUGAGAAACUCAUCUUGAAUAACAAAAAUAUAACAAUUAAUAACAUAGAAUUUAGUAACAAAGAAGAGGAAAUUAAUAUUUCAAAAUUUAUAAGCAAUUUAUACCAAAGUGUAUUUUCUAUAGUCAAAUGA